AAUAGCUUGCUGGUUCACAACUACAGACAUUUCAACGGGCCCAUGCAGACAGCCUUUGAAUACUGUAUAGCCUAUAUAGAUAUUAUUUAGCUAAGGAAGUGGCUGAACAAAACUAAUCGGCGCGCACGAAUUUGCGAGAUUAAAAUGGAGCGAUUUGUCAUCAAGCGAUGUGUACACUGAAAAUCUGAAAGCGCACGGACUUGCCGCUGCCGCUUAUUUCAGUCUGUAGUAGGUAGCCUACAGUGCGAGUGAGUGGUCGCAUCAGAGCGCGCUCAGUGGGGCGCAAGCAUCGCAGUGAGCCGGAGUCCGGAGACCACUUGCACGUUUAUUUUUCGCCUUUCAGUGUUUUGUCUUUGUCACGGUGAAUUACCCAUACGCUACAGACGCGGGAACUGUUAUUUUUUGGUUUCGGUUCAUUAUUGUAACACUGGAGUACAUUUUGUGGGAAUUGUUACUCUGUGAAGUCGCUUGGAUGUUUACGUGGGACCACUUGCCUCUAAUGCUUCAAUGGAUUUUAGAGUGAAAGGAGUGGAUUUGUCCGGGAAAUAAAAAUUAUAAAUCGCUUCAAGGCUCUCAAGACGAUAUUGUAAGUAAAUAAGGAAGGGGAACGCGAUGAUUCUCGCAACUUUAUUCGUCGUGUUGCCUCUGCUGGAUGUGCUGUUGUCUGCCGAGGAGAGUAUGCUGUCCCGCUCGGGCCGGCUGGACUGCGUGAAGGCGAGCGAACAGUGUCUCAAAGAGAUGGGCUGCAGCACCAAGUACCGGACAAUGAGGCAGUGUGUCGCGGGGAAAGAGACCAAUUUCAGCAUGGUAGCCGGACCCGAAGCCCAGGACGAAUGCCGGAGCGCGAUGGACGCCAUCAAGCAGAGCCCGCUCUACAACUGCAGGUGUAAACGGGGCAUGAAGAAGGAAAAGAAUUGCUUGCGAAUUUACUGGGGAAUCUAUCAGACUUUACAGGGAAAUGACUUACUGGAGGAUUCUCCCUACGAGCCAGUGAACAGCAGGCUCUCGGACAUAUUCCGGUUAGCUCCCAUCAUAUCAGGUGAGCCCGCGGUGACGAAGGAGAAUAACUGUCUGAACGCGGCGAAGGCGUGCAACCUGAACGACACGUGUAAGAAGUACCGCUCGGCCUACAUCAGCCCCUGCACCAGCCGCGUCUCCACCGCCGAGGUCUGCAACAAGCGCAAGUGCCACAAGGCCCUGCGGCAGUUCUUCGACAAGGUCCCGCCCAAGCACAGCUACGGCAUGCUCUACUGCUCCUGCCCGCCCACCGACCAAUCGGCUUGCACCGAGCGCCGCCGCCAGACCAUCGUCCCCGUCUGCUCCUACGAGGACAAGGAGAAGCCCAACUGCCUGUCUCUUCAGGCCUCCUGCAAGACCAACUACAUCUGCAGGUCGCGACUCGCUGACUUUUUCGCCAACUGCCAGCCGGAGCCUCGCUCCCUGUCCGGCUGCCUGAAGGAGAACUACGCCGACUGCCUGCUUGCCUACUCCGGCCUCAUUGGAACAGUGAUGACCCCAAACUACCUGCGUUUCCCCCACAUCAGCGUGUCGCCCUACUGCGACUGCAGCAACAGUGGAAACAGCAAGGAGGAGUGCGAUACUUUCACCAAGUUCUUCACUGACAACACCUGCCUACGUAAUGCCAUCCAGGCUUUCGGCAACGGCACGGAUGUGGGAGUCUGGCAGCCGGCACCCCCUGUCCUGACCAGCGCCUUCACCUCCGCCCCGCCCCACAAAGGCAGGGACAGGUCUCCCAACACACUGGAUGCCCAGAACAACCCCCUCAACGCAGCCGACGGCUCGGUCUACCACUUCUGUGGGAGUCUACAGGCUCAGAAGCUGAAGUCCAACAUGUCGCUGGAAGCAGUCCUGUGUGUGGAUCCGCAGAUUGAUGACCCGAGUACCUCGAACACCAUCUCCAGGAACUGCUGCUGGCAAAGCGCCCCUCCCAGCCUGUGCUCUCUGCUGCUCACGCUGGCCGCAGUGUGGUACUGCACCCCGGAGGCUCUCUCUUCUCCGCAGCUCUUGUAGCUGCACCGGUCUCACUCAUGGACAGGCACAAAUUUGUACAGAAUUCCUUUCUGUUCCCAGUCACCCGUUGUACUUCUUCACAUAUUUUUUAUUUUUUUAUUUUCUCGAAUUCUCUGGUUUUAGAGGCUAAGUGGAAGCUGUGUGCUAAAGUGGUCUCUGUGUUGCUGGAUUGUCUCUCUCUUUAGGUUUUUUGCCUAUUGUUAUUUUCAUUUUUAUGUUUUGAAGGAAAUGCUCCUUCAGUGUUUAGCGCUAAAGUGAAUAUUUGAUGCGUUGCUACAUUCCAACACACAAUGGCUGCUGGACAUGUGGACUUUUUAGGAGGAAGUUGGAGGGUAAGGGGACAGGAAGCUGUAAAAUAAGUUCUGAGUACAAAGGAGGCAGUUUUUUGAGUGUUGGGAAAUCUUACAUGUGGUGUCUGUGUAUUUUAUCAAACAGUAUCCACACUGGGAGAGGAUGUGGAUGAGGAUGAAGGUGACUGGGUAAAAUGGGGUGGAAGCUGUGGAUGGGCAGAGAGGGAAAAAGGUCAAAGGUCGAUUGGAUCCCUCCUCUCUCUUAAUGCUUGGCAGACUUACAACUGACCUGAUCUAACUUUCUCUACUUUUAUAAUUGACAAAGUAAUACAAACUCCUGCUGCUAACUACAUGUUCAGGGGCAACAUGUCCUCAACAUCAGUGGAUACAUAUCACUAACUCACGGCACAGAGUACACAAAAACCAU